AUGGCAAUGGUUUCUUCAAGACUUGUCUUCCUCUUUUCCAUUUGCAUACUGAUUUCUCAAGCCAUUGCUCAGCCAGACUUCCGAUACUCUUACUGCUUAGACAAGGGUAACUACACAAGCAACAGUACCUACAAUACAAACCUCAGUCAAGUCCUCUCCUCCCUCUCCUCCAACACAGAAAUUGACUAUGGGUUCUACAAUUUUUCUUAUGGCAAAAGCCCUGACAAAGUAUAUUCACUUGGACUUCGUAGAGGAGAUGCCAAGCCAGAUAUUUGCCGUAGUUGCCUCAAUAGCGCUACAAAUCUUCUCCCUCUGCUUUGUCCCAAUCAGAAGGAAGCGAUAGGAGGGUAUGACGAGUGCAUGUUACGCUACUCAUUCCGCGACAUAUUUAACAUCAAGGAAACUAGUCCUUCUUUCUAUUUGUGGAACCCAAAUAACGUAUCAGGCAAUUAUGAUCAGUUCAGUCAGGACCUGAUGACCUUGUUGGAUAGCAAAAGAGUUCAAGCUGCUGCAGGUGGUUCUCUUCGUUAG